CUGAAGGCACGCUGUUGUCUCGCAUUGUGCUCUACACGAGAAGGGAGGUGAUUGUUGAUAGAGCGAAGCAGGAGACGGAAUCAUUUUAUAAAGAAUCGCAUUACUGAGAGACACAGGGUAAAGAGAAAGAAGAAGCUGCUCUUUAAUGUAGCAUUUAAAUGGAUAUAACACAGAAGACAUGUCAGGCUGACAUGAAUAUCAUGGAGGAAAGGACCAUAAAUGUUAAGGAGGAGGACUGUGAAUGGGAGUGUGUCCACCCUAAACAGGAGAGUCUGCGCAUUAAGGAAGAGGACUGUGAACUGGGGUCAGUGGGCAUUAAAGAAGAGGCUGAAGAGACGUCUGUCAGCAGUGUGACUGACAUCCAUAAAAAUGUGGAGAGUGUUAAGGAAGACCACUUUCAUUACGAACAUCGAGAUGAUACAGUGACUGCGUUAACCUCUUGUGAAAGCACAAACUCUUCAUCUCUGGCGUCUUCUGUCAAUGUGAAGUCUGAAUCAUUACAGUCCAACACAGAGGAGAAUGAAGAAAUUUCAUCUCUUACAACUAGGAAAGAUCAGCCGGUGCUUUCAAAGAAGUCUGCAAAAAGAAUCGAGUAUGGCUGUUCUUCUGAAUGUGGUAAACAAAUCCAUAAAAGGAGUACACUUCAGAGCAUUCACGCAGGAGAGAAGCCAUACUGCUGUUCUGAAUGUGGCAAGCAGUUUUUACAUAGAAACUACCUUCCGAUCCACAAACGGAAUGAAAUGGCGGAGAAGGCAUAUUGCUGUAAUGAAUGUGGCAAACAGUUUUCAAGAGGAAGCAACCUUAAGAGCCACAAAAGAAUUCACACAGGGGAGAAACCAUUUUGUUGUUCUGAAUGUGGUAAACAAUUCUAUCGCAAGAGUGGACUUCAGAGCCACAAAAGCAUUCAUAUAGGAGAGAAGCCGUACGACUGUAAUAAAUGUGACAAACGGUUUUCACAAAGAAGGACUCUUCAGCUCCACCAAAGAAUUCACACAGGAGAGAGACCAUAUUGCUGUUCUGAAUGUGGCAAAGAGUUUUCACAAAGGAGCUACCUUCAGAGCCACCAGAGAAUUCACACAGGAGAGAAGUCCUAUUGCUGUUCUGAAUGUGGCAAACAGUUUUCACAAAGAAGCUAUCUUCAGAGUCACCAAAGAAUUCACACCGGAGAGAAGCCGUAUUCUUGCUCUGAAUGUGGCAAACAGUUUUCACAAAGGAACUACCUUCAGGUUCACCAAAGGAUUCACACAGGAGAGAGGCCAUUUUGCUGUAAUGAAUGUGGUAAACAAUAUCCUUCUAUCGGCAGUCUGAAGAGACACUCUACACUUCACAUGAGAGCAAAGCCUUGAAGGAGAACAUUGUCAGGUGAAGAAGGAACAAAUUUAUCCCUUUUAACUACUCAAUUCUUGAUAAUUACCUUUAGGUGGUGGGCUUAAUUGGCUGAGAUCCAUACCCAGUCUUAUCAAGGUAAACCUACUUUUACAGUUAAAAAAACAAAAUCCAAGAAAUUAAUUCAUUCUCGGCACUUGUCUCCUUGCUUAAAAUGGUACCAACCCUCUGCCUCUGCUCUUAGGACAAAGUGGGCAUUGCCCGUUCUACAAUGCUUGUUAAGGGAGAAGAUUUAACAGACAUGCAGGCAUCCAGCUUCACCUCCUCCCACUUCCAUUCCAAGCUAAGCGACUGAACUCCAGCUUGUACCAGGAUCUACCUGGACUUCCUCUGGUAACAAAGGUGUAAAUUUAAUGUUGAGCUGACUCCUUUUCCAAAUGUCCGUCUGCAGGAUUCUUGAGUCAGAAGGUGCAAAAUAAACUCAAGUAGGAACAAAGCUCUAAAUCAAUGAAUUUUGACACUGAUGGACAGAGAUUGCCUAUGAGGACACACGGAUUUACUAACUGAAAGUAACAUUAAUACAAUUAGGUGAAGUUAUGCAUUCACGUCAAACUAGUUACACUCAUCCCAUUCAAGAUAUUCUCUGGACACUCUCACUGAAUUCCCUGGAGAUACUCUUAGGGAGGUGGAACUCGCCAAAAACCUCUGAAACCUGCUGUCUGAAAGUAAUGAGCCGUUCUCUGUUCGUGGAGCAGAAAACUGGCAACCUCUUUCUCUCUGGAUCAAAAAUUGACAGUCUUCCUGCCAAGCCAAGCUGUGGGCCAUUGGGCUGAAAGGGCUGAGAAACAGCCAUCACUUCAAGAAGGCAACACCAGCGUCUAAACUCUUGUGCCAGAAACAGUAACGUGUUUUAUUAAUUUGCCGAUGACACAAAAAAGCAGCAUCAGCAAACCCAAUCAACUAAAGAUCACACAGUAGAGAGGAGGAAUGCACUACAACGCAUGAAGAAUUCUCCACUUGAACCUGGAGCAGCAACGACUCCGCAGAACAUCGGACAACAUCUACAAAGAGUUGCUAUCGUUAAACUGUUUAUCUGUGCCACAAUAAAUUAAAUAGCAAUUAAACAGC